AUGAGGAAAGUGCGUUUCUCUUUCGGCCCCCAAGGAGCGGGAGAACCGGCUGCUGGGGCUUACUCGGCAGCCGACGAGGUUCAGCAGCUCAGGGCUGGACCGGCAGGGACUGGGGCGGAGUGCGACCCCGGGGGUUGCUGGGCAGCGUCGAGACCCGGGGAGCACGGAACGGAGAAAUUGCGAAAACUUUCCGCAAGGGGACGCCAUUUCCAAGUGUCGCAGGCUCCCGACAACCGCGCUCCCUCCUUGGCAGUCACGGUCAGUGAACCACGCCGUGACCUUGGAGAUGAACGCUUGGAUUCCUGGAGCAAGUUUGCUAAGGACUCUAGGAGUUCCCCUCCACCAUAUCUUAGUUUAAUAAAUAAUUUUUUCAAGCCAGAGAAGCUAAGAAACUCAGAGAUGAGGUUUAAAGAGAAGACAGUGGUGGAAAUGAUGAAGCUGAACAACCAAAUAAAACAAGCUCAAAUCCAGCAAGAAUUACUAAAGGAGGAGACCAGGCAGCUGUACGCUGAAAAGUUACUUGUCCAGACUGAAAACAAAUUCUUCCUGGAAUACCUAACCAACAAAACUGAGGAGUAUGGAAGGCAGCCUGAAAAGCUGUGGAACAACUAUUUACAAAAAACUGAGGAGAUUGAACGAAGGAGGCAAGAAUCAGCCUCCAAAUAUGCGAAACAAACUUCAGUGUUUAAAAGGGAGCUCUUGCAGAAGGAAAAGAUCCAAUUCAAUUUAAAGCAGCAGUUGCAGGCACUGAGGAAUGUUUCACUAUUAAAAGAGAAACAGGAGAGAGAAAUACAGAUAUUACAGGAGGAGAAGAAGAAAACCCAAGCUGAGACAGAUGCAAAGAAACAGGAAGUCCAGGUCCAGUUACUCCAGGAAAAAGCAUUCCUGGAGAAACAACUGAGUGAGCCAGACAUGAGGCAGUUGGGAAAGACAAAAAGAAAGGAGCUUCACAGGAAGGCCCAGGCCUUGGAGCUGGAAGCAAAGCAGUACACUCUUGAGUUCUACCGCAGCAUCAGGAGAGAGAACUGGGAGUUAGGGAAGAAAUUACUGCAGCAAAUUCAGCAAUGCCAGGAGUUGCAGGCUAUUGAAAGCCAGUUAAAAAAUCAGAAGCAGCAGCUGCAGCAGGAACAGUGGUAUGUGCAGUGCUUAAUCCGGGGGAGGCAACGAUUGCAAAGAAGGCAUAAUUGGUGCCCAAGACAGGAUGCUCCAAAGGCCACAAUAACACCUCCCCUGAGUACCAAACCAAGGAUUAAUCCAAAGCAAUUCCUAAAAUAACACUGAUUCAAUAAGGACUGGAGUAUUCUUAUGUGCUGCAUACACCUGGUUAGGAAGGCUUUGGGACCUCAGACUGCUAUGGUAAAACAUCCAUCAUGAUGUGUCAGUGUGAAAGAUUAGGUGCGUUUUUCCAGCGGUAUGCUAGACAUUUGUGCCACCAGCUUCCCUUAAGUAGGUUUUUCCUUAAUUAGAUCUUGUUAAUACAGGAUGUUCCUUAAAUCUCCAGAUAACCUAAUACCAUUUCCCAAACACCAGUACAUUAAACUAGCUCAAGAAAAGCACCUUCAGGUAGUGAAAGGCAAACAGUUGUGUGACUUAUUUCAUCUAGCUAAGUUAGAUUUCUAAGACUAGCAUUUCAGAUUGACUUUAUAUAGUGCCUUCUGCUCUGUAAACAAUCAGUUAUCCUCAUGUCUCUUGGUCAGCUGCACACAAAGAAGGCAAAGUG